UCACUGGCAACUCUGACAGUGACACUGUUGUCUACAACAAGUUCCUGAUCCCAAUGAGAGCACAGUUCAUCCGUGUUGUUCCACAGACCUGGCACAAUGCCAUCGCCAUGAGAUUCGAAGUUGUUGGAUGCUACACCGGCAAGACACCCACAGCCAGAACCCCCACUGUUGGAACCCCAACCCUACCACCUGUCACCAAACUUGUCAGUACACCUGAGCCACCCAAGGAUGACUGCACAGUCUGGGGUAACUGGGUCAACAGCGACAAGGCUCUCUUCGGCUCUGAUCGUGAGGCCAUCGAGGACGUGCUUUCACUGACACCUGUCUGCCAAGUACCCAUGGAGAUCCAGUGUCGCCGCGUCACUGACAAGGUGGCCCAUGACAAGACAGACCAGAAGGUGCUCUGUAACACAUGGUUGGGAAUGAAGUGCGACUCAAAGGACCAGGCCAACAACGCCAUGUGCUACGACUACGAAGUCCGCAUUGGAUGCAUUGAUGAGACCAAGCCACAGUGUGUACCCACUUCACAGCCUUCCACCCCAUCUCCCAUCCCACUCUGCCAGGGUGUCAAGGACUCCUCCAGCUGUCCAGCUGAUGGCUGUCCAGUCGGUCAAGUGUGUGAUGGACACACCUGUAUGCCACCAGAGCAGUGUCCAUGCAUCGUGGUCAGUGGUGGAGUGACCAAACACAUCUAUCCUGGCAAAUUCAUGACCAACGACCAGUGCCAGACGUGCACAUGUGCCAGCGGGGUUCUCAAGUGUAUGAACAAGGUCUGCCCAACAGCUUGUGCUGAGAAUGAAGUUCAGGAGUUGGAUGCCCAGUGUAACUGCCGCUGCACUGGCUGCGCCAGUGGACAGUUCCUCUGUAAGACCACCAAGGAGUGUAUCCCACAAUCCCUUGUGUGUGACGGCAAAUGGGACUGCAACGAUGAUGAGGUCAAGUGUGAGCCCACACCCAAACUACCACACACUACCCCUGCUCCAGAACCCACCACCAGCAGAAUCACCCAGGGGGCAUCACCAGUCUCCAGAACCAAGACACCCCGCACCACACCAGCUGCACCAACACCAGGACCCACGCCACCUGCCCCAACACCAGAGAUACCAAAGGUCCCCAAGAAGUGUCACCUCAGUGAGAACAUGUUCAAGACCUUUGACAACAAGGAGUACAACUACGAGAUUUGCAAGCACACCUUGGUCAGUGAAAUGGCAAUGAAGAGACUGAACAUUGAUGUCCAACUCCACUGCCCAGUCGAUGGAGGCAUGGACCGCGCCAAAUGCACACGCUCUCUCCACAUCACCCUGGAUGGAAAACUCAUCAAACUGCGCCACGGACAGAUGGUUGAGGUUGACGGACAGAUCUACAUGCCAUAUCAGCUCGAACAACUCAGCAAGACCCUGGGAAGCAUGGCCAUUGCCGCUGUCGGAGAAGAAAUGGUCGCAACCAUCCCCGAGUUUGGCGUCAUUGUCAGCUGGGGCAAGCGCUACCAGACAGACAUCCAGAUUGGCAGUCAGUUGUUCGGCAAGGUGGAAGGUCUCUGCGGAGAUGCUAACGGCAAGCCUGAUGAUGACUUUAAGAAGAAGGAUGGCACCUACGUGGCCAGCGUGAACACCUUCGGUGACAGCUGGGGCUCCAGGACAUUCUGCCCACCUGCGCCAGUGUGCACCAUGGAACAGAAAGAGGCAGCAAGACAGACCUGUGCUCAGCUCAGGAAAUCACCAUUCUCUGCCUGCCAUGCCUCCGUGCCAGUUGAAUGGUACGUCAAGGUCUGCGAAGCUGACAUGUGCAACUGCAUCAAGAGCAACGGCAUCAACGGUCUCGACCAGUGCAAGUGCGAUGUGUACUCCGAGUACAUGCGUGCAUGCGCCAUGAACCAGAAGCCUGUGGACAACUGGCAGAUCUCUGUUGGCUGUGCUGUCCAGACCUGCCCACCAGACAUGGUCUGGAGCGAGUGCGCCAGCGGAUGCCCAAGCACGUGCUCUAACUACCGCGAGAAGGAUGCAGCAUGCAAUGUACCAUGCGUUCCUGCAUGUCAGUGCAAGCCUGGCUUGGUGAAGAAGGGAGACACAUGCGUCGCACCAACCAGCUGCGAAGACUGUGUCUGCUACGGCUACGGAGACCCACACUACGUCACUUUCGACGGCUCCUACUUCCCAUUCCAAGGCACAUGCACAUACGUUCUGGCACGUGAUACCGCGCACACAGAUUUCGAGGUGCUCGCUCACAACGAGAAGUGCACCGAGACCCCAGCCACUGCCUGCACUCAGGGCUUGACUGUCAAGUUCAGCGGCCAUGCUGUGGAAUUCAGGCCAAACAACAAGGUGCUCUAUGACGGUUCCCUCAUGAGCCGAUCAUCCCUGCCACACAUCACCAGCACCAUGACGCUGAAACGCGUGGGAACACACUACGUGCUCAACGUGCCAUCUCUCCAUCUCGAGGUCCGCUUCUCCGAACUGAACCAUGGCUUCCAGGUCAAAUUGCCGUCUGCUGCUUACUUCAACAAGACCGAAGGAUUGUGUGGUACCUGUACCCACAGCAGAGCAGACGACUUCAUGGCCAGAGACAAGACCCUCAAGGCCAAGGCCCACGACUUCGCUCUCACCUGGCUCGAGACACCUGCCGACAACUCCGCACAGUGCACCGUCGUCAACAAGACCUGCACCUCUCCACAGGGGGCGCUGGAGUGCAACCGUGUCUACGACAACAGCUUCAAAGCCUGUCAUGCUCUCGUCAACCCAGCUAAGUACUUCGAGAACUGUAUCUACGAUACCAAGUGUGGUAAUGAGAAGCAGAAGGGUGUUUGCGACUCUUUGACCGCGUAUGCACGUGCCUGCGCCAUGGCCGGUGUGUGCCUGGACUGGAGAACUCAGGAUCUGUGCCCUGUCAUCUGCAACAACAACAUGGUGUACAAGGAGUGCGGACCAUCAUGUGUCAAGACAUGUGACAACAUGGCUACCUUCGACAGCACGCCAUGCACCACAGCGACAGCUGAUGGCUGCUACUGCAAGGACGGCUACGUUAUGAAGGCUGGUGUUUGCGUCAAGGUGGAGGACUGUCGUAAGUAG